AUGAGCUGUUCGCUUGCAUGCACCCAGUCCCAUAAGAUAUAUUGUGCUCCCAAAGCUCCGUCCAACGAGGAAUCAAGCAACCCACCCGAAGCCGAUCCCUCACCCCAGAAUGGUGAUAUCAACACUGAAAAUGAUUCCGCGGCCGUCUCCAAGGGACCUGUGAAUGUUGCCGCUGUAGCGCAAUCAGCGGAGAUUAAACAGCUUCUUGAAAAGCAUCCCGAACUUCGCAGCCAGCUACAAGAAAUGUACCAAGCAACGCUGGAAGAAGAAUGGGUGGAAUGGCACUCAACUCCCGCCCGCGGACGAGGUCGUGGACGAGGACGAGGCGGCUCUACUCGUCGUAGUCGGGGAUCGUGGACUAGCGAGAAAGGAUUCAACCGUGGAUUAGGCAAGGUUCGCAAGCUGCGACAAGACUGUGAGGAAGGGACAGAGACUGGCCAAGCUGCCGAGGCCUUCAUGCGGUUUAUGGCCCUUGUCAAUCAGGGCCAGGAGGCAGACUCAGCCUGA